GGUCCGAUUAGGACUGGUCCAAGUCCGGCAUGGUCUUUAUAUUUCAAAGGGAAUUAAAAUGUCAGAUAGAGAGGAUGACGUGAGUUCCGAAGUUUCAUCGGUGGGCGAUGUUCACGACGAUCAUCAUCGGAUGCGCGCCGCUUCGCUGGACAGCGAUCUUCGUGGGACCAAACGCACUCCGGGUUCGCCGGAAAAGGGACGCCUUUUCGGCCGCCAAAAGCCCGUCCAUGCCGCUCUCGGCGGAGGAAAAUCUGCUGAUAUUAUAUUGUGGAGGAACAAGAGGAUAUCGGGAGGGGGCCUAGCUGGAGCAACAGUCAUAUGGCUUCUGUUUGAGUGGAUAGGCUACCAUGUUCUUACUUUUCUUUGCCACUCUCUUAUACUUACAUUGGCAAUCAUGUUUCUUUGGUCCAACCUCUCAUCCUUUGUCAACAAGACCCCACCGGAGUAUCCUGAGCUGGUGUUGCCGGAGGAUAUGUGCAGGCGAGCAGCGCUCUAUGUGAGAGAUCAGUGCCAUUGGGCAAUUGGUCUUUUCCGGGAAGUGGCUUCAGGGAAGGACUUAAAGAAAUUCCUUUAUGCAAUUAUCGGCUUGUGGGUUGUUUCUGCCAUUGGCAGCUGGUUCGACUUUCUCACCCUAGUAUACAUCGUAUUUGUUAUGCUGUUGACUGUGCCUAUAUUCUACGAAAAGCACGAAGAUCAAGUUGACGCUUAUGCAGACAAAGCGAAGAAAGAAUUAAAGAGACAGUACAGCCAAUUGGAUGAAAAGGUUCUUCAGAAACUACCCAAGGUUCAUUUUGGUAAAGACACCAAGGAGCACUAAUCCAACUUGUCUUCAAUAUAAUUCAUUUCUCAUGCCAGUAUAAUCCUCUAUUUCUUUUCUUUAAAGUGUGGUUAAUUUGCCAUUCUCACAUUCUGUUUACACUUGAGUUACUUUAGUUACUUUGAUUGUAAAGAGUUACCCAUUCGACCGUUAGAAACUAGCAAUGUUAGUAGAGAAAUAACAAAGUCAACCUAAUCUU